AUGAUGCUUGUGCCUUCUCCCGCGCCCACCUAUCCUGUGGCGCCGGUGCGGAGGUUGCACAAUGCAAGGCCGGAGGUGUGCAACUUCCAGUCGACCUGGCGGGAUGCACAGAGGAGCGCUGCGCAGCCGUGCCUGUGGCUACUAUCAGGCAGUUGCCUUCUGGGCUUCGCUCGCCGAGCUGUCCGUGGAGGUGCAGCGAGCAAUGGCCCGAAGCGGUGCGGAGUCAGGACGUCGCGUGUUGCCAGGGCCGCUGGUGCUGUCGAGGAGGGAGACACCAUCGCUGUGGUCGGCGCCGGAGGGAAUGUGGGCCGACUGGUCGCUCAGCGACUCUGCAGCAUGAACAUGUUCCAAGUGCAUGGCGCAGAAGUCAAAAACAGCAGAGGCUUGUUCACGCCAGAGGUACUGCGGAACAGAGAGAACGCCAAGUGGGCCGAGGGCAUGUCGGGGCUGACGCUCUUCGAGGCAGACUCUCGCGACGCGCUCGCCCUACAGGAGCCACUCAGCACUGCGAACGCAGUGGUUUGCACUACUGGCGUCCCAGCCUUCGGGAUUGCAGGACAGUGGGAGAAAGGCAAUCAUCCAGAAUCCGUGGACCACUUUGGCGUCAAGAACGCCGCGCAUGUUUGGUCUGCAGCUUCGGGGCCAAAGCGCCGCUUUGUGCUCAUGUCUUCCAUAGGCGUGACUCGCCGGGAUGGUUUUCCCUACAGCAUCCUCAACGGUGGUGGCGUGCUGGACGCGAAGGCCAGGGGCGAAGCAGCAGUGCGCGAACUUGCCAAACAGCGAGGCUUCGGUGUCACGGUGGUUCGGCCCGGGCAGCUGUUUGGUGGCCCCUACGACAACAAUCGCUACCUGGGCACGCUCUUCCAGCUUGACAAGGACUCCAGCGUCGGGGCUGUCAAGCUGGAAGCAGGUGACACAGCUGUGGGUGACACACUGCGCAGCUCCCUGGCCGGCGUCCUGGUCCGCAGCCUCUUCUGCGCCGAGCCGGACAUGGAGUUCGCCGUCAUCAACGAAGAUGGUGAGCCACCUUCAGAGGAGGCCAUCGACGACAUGCUGCGAACGAUGUCACAGGGGCCAACUGCAUCAGAGGCUGAUGAGCAGAUGCAGAAGAGACUGGGGCUUGCCGGAGACACUCUUGGAAAGGCCGUUGAGAACGUCGUCAGCGGCAAAUUGUUUGACAAGUCUUAG